AGCAAAUUAUCUUCUCGUCAAAGCUGACGAGUUGCCCACUCGACUCGACAUUCUUACCAUCUCUACCAACCCAUCACUUACGAUCCUUCGGUACAGCCCCACAGAUGCCUCUACCAACCACUCGCCACCAUGUCAAGACGGGCUGCCGGACCUGCAAAGCCCGAAAGAUCAAAUGCGACGAAGGUAAACCCUCAUGUAAGCGCUGUUUAUCGUCGCGCCGCGUCUGUGGCGGGUACCAAGGCACAGCUAGCCUGACGUGCUACCGACCAAACCAACUAUCUGCGCGCGACCAGAAAGAAGGUAGAGCAUUUCAGUUCUUCACAGAAAUGGUUGGGCCGGUCCUAUCGGGUCCUACGGACUCUUACUUCUGGACGCAUCUGGUCAUGCAGUUCAGCCACUUUGAGCCCACCAUGCGCCAUGCUGUUCUGUCCAUCAGCUCGCUCUAUGAAGAAUUCGCCAGAGGCUCUCGUAUCACUCGGCAGGUCUGUGGUAGCACCUUUGCUGUUGAUCACUAUAACGCAGCUAUAAAGCAUGUCAAGUCCGCUAGCGACGAGCAAAUGAUACUAGUGCUCUGCGUACUCUUUAUUUGCAUCGAGUAUCUACAGGGGGACUUUGACGCCGCUUUGCAGCACUGCCGUCAUGGCAUCAUGAUACUUAACAACUCUUCACGUCCGGAAUGGAUGUGUCAGUAUAUUGUCCCUAUAUUCCGACGUCUGAGUAUAACGCCUUUUUUCUUUGGCGGUGCCAAACCACCUACACGUCUCCCGCCGCUUAUCGGAUUCGAGACACCAAUGCCUUUGAAGUUUAGCGAUACUCAAGAAGCGCAGAGAGCGAUUGACGAUCUGAUGGUUCGGAUAAUGGGGUGCCUGUACGACGGCAAUGAUGAUAGGAUUGCGCUGGCUGCAUUGCUGGAUGAAUGGGAUUUCAAGAUGAAUGAUCUGGAGCGUGCACUUCCCCCAUCUGCAACAGCGGAUAAACACGCCAUAUGUGGAAUGCGAUUCAAACACAAAAUGGCCAACAUCUACAUCCAACAGCAAAGCUCGCAUACAGAAAUGUGGUGGGAUCAGCAUCUUGAUAUUUUCCGUUCUGCUGUAAAAUUGGCAGAAGAAGCGUUUCUGCUAUCGACAGCACCAGGUUAUCAACAGAUACCACAAUCGAGCUUCAGCUUCGAAAUGAGUUGGCUACCAAUGCUGUUCUUCAUCGUCCUCAAGUGUCGAGAUUUGAAAAUUCGUCAUACGGCAUUAUCCUGGUUGGCGCAGCUUGGACCGGCGAAGGAGGGUCUGUUUGACGUGGGGACUCUGUAUAGAGUUGGAAGACGACUGAUCGAGCUGGAACAUGAUGUAUCACUUGAUGAUACCGAUGGACUUGCGAGUGCGGUUGUGCCGCUGGAGGAGAAUCGCUAUUUCGCUAUUCCGAUAAAUCACGAAUUGGAAGUCAUCUCCGAGCAGGACGGCAGAGUCAAAUACAGAAGACAGGUUAAGUUUCUCAUGAAAGACAAGGAAGGAAAUGUGAUCGCUCGAGAGGAACAUAUCUAUGAUGAUAAACCUCGUGGCUGCAACAUCAAGGUUCCGCCAAUGAGGUGUGCAUAUCGCCUGUAGGAUGAUAGAUUUUGAAGGCUUGAGAGUAUAGUGCCCCGGCCUCCCGUUACAGUUAACAGCAAGUCAAAUACUUGUUUGGCAACUUCGUCGAAUAGAUGCUAGUUUUCUUCCCACAUUCUUGCGAGCUGGAUGGGAUAUUGAACUUGACUUUAUCUGCAUGC